AAAUGGGGAGGAGUGAGCAGCUCGUCAUUUGCUUUUGCUUGAGAGGCAAAGCUCAGAACCAUAGACAGACAGAGAGAGAGCCAACAGAGGUCUGUGCAAGGGUAUGGGAAUAUCAGCAACACUUUCACUAUGUGGGAUACAACAAUGGCAUACCACUAUUUGGGGGAACGCUGGCAAACAUAAUUUGGAAGUCUGUGUUUUUUGAGAGACCGUCAAGUAUAAUCUCCAGUUUUGUGGGGGUCACAACAGAAUUGGCUGAUGCAUGGACCGGUAGCUUGACAUUGGAAUUGCCUUUCAGGGUUUCAAUCAAGUCGUAAGUUAUUCACUCAUAUAGUGUGAUAUUUCAUGUUUUAUUCUUGUUUUUUUCUAUAAAAUAGCAACAGACUUGACAGCUUAUAUUGCUAAGUAAUCAUGAAAGAUAAGGAAUGGACUUUCCUGGACUUUCUUCCAUGAGCCCCUCACUCCUCCCUCACCUCUGCGGCUAAAUUAGAGGUGAGUGAGGGGAAGCAUCAGGUUGAGGACAGGGUGUUCAUGAUGGGGAACGUCAUGCAUGGCGCUGUGGCCUUCAUCCCCUCCGAGCGCUGCCAGCGUUUCCUGGUGGGCGACCUAAAGGAGAUGCCUCUUGAUCGGACACUAGACCUGAGCAAUUUCCAGCUGCGUCGGCUUCCUAUGGCUGCCUGCCUGUUCAAUGAGCUGGUCAAGCUCUACCUGAGUGGCAACAACCUGAACACCCUACCUGCAGACCUGCAGGACCUGAGGAAGCUGCAGCUACUAGCUUUAGACUUUAACAAUUUCGAAGAGCUGCCUGCGGCGGUGUGUCAGCUACCCCAGCUUAACAUCCUGUAUCUGGGCAACAACAAGCUCUGGAGCCUCCCCCGGGAGCUGCGUGAGUUGAAAGAACUUAAUACCCUUUGGUUGGAGACAAACCGCUUCAUUGAGUUCCCUAAUGUGGUCUGCGACCUCUCCAACCUCAAGACCCUCCAUCUGGGUUACAACCAGAUAAGCAAACUGCCCAUGGAGCUCAGUGGGCUGAAGGAGCUGAGGAGUAUCUGGCUAGCCGGGAACCAGCUGUUUGAGUUCCCGCCAGUGUUGCUUGCCAUGCACUUUCUGACUGUGAUUGAUGUGGACAGCAACAACAUCUGCCGUUUCCCCGGUCUCUCCCACUUGCAGGGGUUAAAACUGGUAAUCUACGACCACAACCCCUGUGUGAACGCACCUGUGGUCGGGGAGGGGGUCAGGAGGGUUGGACGCUGGGCGGACAGCUCAGAUGAUGAAGAGGAUGGUGAGGAUGGGUCAAAAGUGUGUGAGACGCUGACUGAGGUGAAGGAGCUUGCCACAGAGCUUGCCUCAGAGGGAGAAUUGGACACACUACUUGAAAAGGUUCGUGGAAGAAUCUGACCUUCAGCAGUGGAUAGGCUGGAGAACAGGAUGCCAGUCAAGUGGAGCACUUACUGGAGAGCGGCCAUUUGUCUCGGCAUGUUACACAAGCAUGCAGGCCUGAUGGUAUUGGCUUCCAAAUAUGGUAAAGCCAAUAAUAUGGACCUAAACACA